UAAGUGACUUGUGCUGACACAACGCACCGAAUCUGGUGGAGGGAGCUUUCCGGGUGACUCACGUCUUUGCUAUUUGCCUUUGUUUCUGGGCUGUUUUAGCUGCCGUUUUCUUCCCUCUGGUUUUAAUUUUGAGAGGAGAGAGGGGAGGAAAAAAAACCCAACCUCAUAAUGAAUCAAGAAUGAGUGUUCUUUCCACUAACCCUCCCCCACUUUAAAGUUGACUCUUCUUCACAAGUUUCAUAACUACCCAAGGCGUGCGGGGGUGGCACAGGUAGGAAGGCAUCAACUAACUACUCCUGAAUCUGAAGUUGCCAGCCUUAACCGAGCCACGCGAGAGGAGACUUUCUGAAUCUCCCUCACAACCCGGGCGUUUGCCGCGGCGGAUGUAACGUGUGCAGCUCGUUCCUUUCUACUGCUGCUUUGCGUUGAUGUGGGUCACGCUUAAAUCCAUCUCAGCACUGCCAGCGAUGCCCGAAGCAGCGUGAAUUCCAAGAGAUCCACCAGCGGUUUUGUUUCUGUCCGAGGUCGCUCAUCCGAUCCUGCCCUGCGAAAGGCGCCAACAAAAGAGUCGAGGAGGUGCCACUCCAGCGGCGGCGGGAGGAGGAGCGCUGAGGCCCGUGUCGCUACCGGCCGUGCGUACUCGCUGGAGGGAAGGGCGGGGAGCCGCUCCGGGAGGGGGACGCCCGGUGGCGCCGGGUAAGCCAAGUUCCGGCUUUGGUGUUCCCCCCCACCCCCUGCGCUCCCUUCGCUCCCAGGCAAGGAAAGUUUGCAGCCAACGCUUGUGGCCGGCUCGCGCCCGCGGGGCCCAGCGGGUCGAGCCUUGGGAGCGGGCGCCGUCCCAGCUCCGGGGAGCCGUGAGUAGCGAUGCCUGGGGCGGGCUCCCGGGGCCCCGCCGCCGGGGACGGGCGGCUGCGGCUGGCACGGCUGGCACUGGUGCUGCUGGGUUGGGUCUCGGCGUCGGCGCCCAGCUCUUCGGUACCCUCGUCUUCCACCUCUCCGGUGGCCUUCCUGGCCUCGGGGUCUGUGCAGCCUCCGCCAGCCGAGCGAUGCCCCGCGGCGUGCGAGUGCUCCGAGGCGGCGCGCACGGUCAAGUGCGUUAACCGCAACCUGAUGGAGGUGCCGGCGGACCUGCCUCCCUACGUUCGCAACCUCUUCCUCACCGGCAACCAGAUGACCGUGCUCCCGGCUGGCGCUUUCGCCCGGCGGCCUCCGCUCGCCGACCUGGCGGCGCUCAACCUCAGCGGCAACCACCUGAAGGAGGUGUGUGCAGGUGCCUUCGAGCAUCUGCCCGGCCUGCGCCAGCUCGAUCUCAGCCACAACCCUCUCACCAACCUCAGCGCCUUCGCCUUUGCAGGCAGCAACGCCAGCGUCUUGGCCCCCAGCCCCCUGGUGGAGCUGAUCCUGAACCACAUCGUGCCCCCUGAGGAUCAGCGGCAGAACGGAAGCUUCGAGGGCAUGGUGGCCUUCGAGAGCAUGGUGGCAGCUGCCCUGCGCUCAGGUCUCGCGCUCCAAGGGCUGCGUCGCCUGGAGCUGGCCAGCAAUCACUUCCUUUACCUGCCUCGGGACUUAUUGGCCCAACUGCCGAGUCUCACGCACCUGGACCUUCGCAACAACUCUCUGGUGAGCCUGACCUAUGCGUCCUUCCGCAACCUGACACAUCUCGAAAGCCUCCACUUGGAGGACAAUGCCCUCAAGGUCCUUCACAAUUCCACGUUGGCAGAGUGGCAAGGCCUGGCUCGUGUCAGGGUGUUCCUGGACAAUAAUCCCUGGGUUUGCGACUGCUACAUGGCUGACAUGGUGGCCUGGCUUAAAGAGACAGAGGUGGUGCCCGAUAAAGCCAAGCUCACCUGUGCAUUCCCAGAAAAAAUGAGGAAUCGUGGCCUCUUGGACCUCAACACCUCCGACCUGGACUGUUACCCUCCCCUCCCCCCAUCCCUGCAGACGUCCUAUGUCUUCCUAGGUAUUGUUUUAGCUCUGAUAGGCGCUAUUUUCCUCCUCGUUUUGUAUUUGAACCGUAAAGGCAUAAAAAAGUGGAUGCAUAACAUCAGAGAUGCCUGCAGGGAUCACAUGGAAGGGUAUCAUUACAGAUAUGAAAUCAAUGCGGACCCCAGGUUAACAAAUCUCAGUUCCAAUUCGGAUGUCUGAGAAACUGGACUGGCCAAGGACAGCUCUGCAUGAGAUGUAGACUUGGGUUUGUUUGUCUGUUUUUAGUUUUUUCUCAUUUUCCCCUUUACUAGGCUUGCUCCACCUUCACCCUCCACCAUCAGCACCAAUGACUGACUUGAAAGCAGUGAAGGGAUUUUGCUUCCUUGUUAUGUAAAAAUUCUUCG